UAUCAUUAGUUGCAAAAGUUCUGGACUCGUUCGAAAAAUUGCUUAUUUUGAGGGUUGAUUAAUCUCUACAUCAAGUAACUCAUAUCUACAUGUAUGUGAUACAUGACCAGACUGUAAGACACGUCAAUUUGAAAAAAAAAUGCAAAAUACAGACCUUCUAAUGCAGGCAACAAUUAAAUGCCUGUCUCGACGAAGACCAUGUUAUGCAGGCCAACAAUCAAAUGUCAGUCUUGAAGCAAACCAGCUGACAUGUCUAACAACAAUUAGAUGACAGUAGAACUUAGAACUCAAUUAUAAGAUAAUAAAUCUAAGUAAUGUCCCAUAUGUGUCAUCAGGUUUUGUCAAUUUCCAGUGGACCCUAAGGAGACGAAUGAGAAACAUGUCAUACUGAUAAAAUAAACCGUUAAAUGAGACUUCGGCUGACAGCAAUGCUUUGGUAUUCAUAGCUUUAUCUUAAAAACUCACAGGAGAAAACAUAAUAUCGGUUAGAACCUGUUAAAGUUAUAUGUGAUUCACUCUUCAGAAUGGAUUCGGGUGAAAAAACAUACAUAUGUGAUGUAUGUGGUAAAAGGUUUAGUGACUUCAGAUCGCAUACGAUACACACAAGAACUCAUACUGCUGACAAACCUUACAUAUGUGAUGUAUGUGUUAAGGGAUUUAGUGACAAAAGAGGCUUCCUUAAACACAUGAGUAUUCAUAAUGUUGAUAAACAGGAUAAACCUUACAAAUGUGGUAUGUGUGAUAAAAGUUUUAGGUUCUCUGGAACCUUAACGAAACACACACGAACUCAUACUGGUAAAAAGCGUUACACAUGUGAUGUAUGUGGUCAAGGGUUUACUAACUCCAGAAACUGUACGAAACAUAAAAGAAAUCAUACUGAUGAAAAACGUUGCACAACAUGUGAUUUAUGUGGUCAAGGGUUUAGUCACAAAAGUAACUUUCUCAGACACAUGAGAAUUCACACAGGUGAUACGCGUGAAAAACCCUACACAUGUGAUUUAUGUGGUAAAGGGUUUGGUUACUAUAAAUCAUAUAAGAAACAUACAAGAACUCAUACUGGUGGAAAGCCUUACACAUGUGAUGUAUGUGGUAAAGGGUUUAAUGACUGCAGUUCCUUAACGGCACACACAAGAAUGCAUACCGGUGAAAAACCUUACACAUGUGAUGUCUGUGGUAAAAAGUUCGGCAGAAAAAGUGACUGCAAUAAACACUUGAGAAUUCAUACUGGUUAUAAAUAUCAUAAACGUUACACGUGUGAUGUAUGUGGUAAAGAGUUUGACAACAACAGUUAUUUUCACAAACAAAUGAGAACUCAUACUGGUGACGAAUUUUACAAAUGUGACGUAUGUGGUAAAGGGUUUAGUGACAUCAGUUCCUAUAAUAGACACAUGAAAACUCAUACUGGUGAAAACCCAUAUAACAGACAAGCAUGUGAUAAAGGAUUAAACUACAAAGGUAACUUUGAUAGACACACGAACAUUCAUACUUGUAAUACACUUUACAAAUGCGAUGUGUGUAUUAAAGAGUUUGGCAACAACAGUUCUUGUCUGAGACACAUGAGAACUCAUACUGGAGAUAAACUUUACAAAUGCGAUGUGUGUGAUAAAGAGUUUGGCAACACCAGUUCUUGUCUUGAACACAUGAGAACUCAUACUGGAGAGCAAUACAAACCUUACAUUUGUGAUGUAUGUGGUAAAGGGUUUAAGUCAAAUCAGGAAUUAAUCACACACAUUAGAUUACAUACAGGUGAAAAACCUUACACAUGCGCUGUAUGUGGUAAAGGUUUUAGGAGCAACAGAUCCCUUCAUAUACACAUGAGAACUCAUAUUGAUGAAAAACCUUACACAUGUGAUGUCUGUGGUAAAGGGUUUAGGGACAAGAGCAGCGUCCAUAGACACAUGAGAACUCAAAGCUGUACUCGUAAUACUGUAACACAUGAUGGACUUUACAAAUGUAAUGUUUGUGGGAAAAAGUUUAGCCUCAAUAGUACCUGUCUUUUACACAUGAAACUGACUCAUGCUGGUGAAUAUCUUACCAAUGCUAUGUAUGUGGUAAACAGUUAAUUGACACAAGACACUAUGAUAGACACAUGAGAACUCAUACUGGUGAAAACCUCGCACAUGUGAUGUAUGUGGUUAACAGUUUAGUGACACCAGACACUAUGAUAGACACAUGCGAACUUAUACUAGUGAAAACCUCGCACAUGUGAUGUAUGUGGUUAACAGUUUAGUGACACCAGACACUAUGAUAGACACAUGAGAACUUAUACUAGUGAAAACCUCGCACAUGUGAUGUAUGUGGUUAACAGUUUAGUGACACCAGACACUAUGAUAGACACAUGAGAACUUAUACUAGUGAAAACCUCGUACAUGUGUUGUAUGUGGUGAAUAGUUUGGUGACACCAGACACUAUAAUAGACACAUGAGAACUUAUACUAGUGAAAACCUCGCACAUGUGUUGUAUGUGGUAAACAGUUUAGUGACACCAGACACUAUGAUAGACACAUGAGAACUUAUACUAGUGAAAGCCUCGCACAUGUGUUGUAUGUGGUGAAUAGUUUAGUGACACCAGACACUAUGAUAGACACAUGAGAACUUAUACUAGUGAAAACCUCGCACAUGUGUUGUAUGUGGUAAACAGUUUAGUGAAACCAGACACAAUGAUAGACACAUGAGAACUUAUACUAGUGAAAACCUCGUACAUGUGUUGUAUGUGGUGAAUAGUUUGGUGACACCAGACACUAUGAUAGACACAUGAGAACUUAUACUAGUGAAAACCUUGCACAUGUGUUGUAUGUGGUGAAUAGUUUGGUGACAUGUGAAGUAUUAUAUCUUGUCAAGGAUUUAGUGACAAACGUAACUUUUAUAAACACAAUAGUAAUAUUUGUGAUUAAUAUGAUUAAUAUGGUUUAACAGUCUUCAUAUGCGCGCCACAGAGAGUCAUAUAGUUAACAAACAUAUCAUAACCAUAUCACAGCUUAAGGCUUCUUCUGAACAUUUGAAGGUUCCUACUAUGUAUUGGUUACCUAAACUACACAAAAAACCAGUAUAAUAUCGUUUCAUCUCGGCCUCUAGUAAGUGUUCUACAACUAAUCUUUCAGUGUUUUUAACAAGUUCCUUAACUACUAUCAAAGAGCUUAUCAUAAACUAUAAAAUAUAUGAAAAUAGUGGAAUUAACUAUUUUUGGAGUGUAAAAAAAUCUUUGGAUGUUUUAGAUAAAUUACGUGCUUUUGAUGGUCCUUUUGAUUCUGUUGACAGUUUUGACUUUUCUACUCUUAUCACUACACUUCCACACAAUCUUAUUAAACAAAAAUUUGACUAUUUAAUUAAAUGUUCGUUUGGUAAAUCUGAAUGCAAAUAUAUUCGCUGCAACUCAUUUAAAGCCUUCUUCUUUAAUGAGAAAGGUAAAUAUGCUAGACAUACUUACUGGAGGUGUGAUGAGAUGAUUGAAGCUGUUAAUUUUCUCCAUGAUAAUAUUUAUGUACGUUUCGGCAGCAAAGUUUGUCGACAGGUUGUAGGUAUUCCUAUGGGCACUAAUUGCGCCCCUUUAAUAGCAGACUUGUUUUUGUACUGUUAUGAAUCAUAGUUUAUGACCAAACUCAGUAAAGACACGUCUAAUUCGCAUUUAAUUGAUAAAUUCAACAACACUUACCGUUAUCUUGAUGACAUUUUUUCGUUAAAUAAUCAAGAAUUUUCUCAAUAUACUGCCGAAAUUCACCCAAAGGAACUUACUUUAAAUAAAUCAAAUUUAAACAAUAACAACUGUCCUUUCCUAGAUUUAGAUAUUUCGGUUUUACACGGGAAACUCCACACUAAAAUGUACGACAAAAGGGACGAUAUUUUGUUCCCUAUUGUUAAUUUUCCCUUUUUGGAUGGUGAUGUUCCUUUGGCACCAUCUUACGGUGUUUAUAUUUCACAACUCGUUCGCUCUGCCAGUGUCUGUUGUGACGUUUUUUAUUUUAACGAACGUAAUCUAUGUAUUACUGGUAAAUUAUUAAGCCAGGGAUUUCGUUACCACAAAUUACUUAAAACCUUUACUAAAUUCUUCCACAGAUAUAAAGAUUUGGUCUUGAAGUUUGGUUGUACCUGUAGAAAACUUAUUUCAAACGGGAUUGCACAUCCUCAUUUUUACGGCAAUAUUGUUUACCGUGCCGGGAAAUUUAGAAAUGAUCCUGAUAAACUUAUCGAUCCUUUAAAUAAACUUAUUCUAAAAGGUUACCAAUUCAACACUGUAAUUAGAUCAAUUAAUAUUGUUUUUAUUGGUACUGAUAUUGAUUUUGUUAUCAGUAAAUUAAAAGCAAACUAGAUA